UCUUACACAACAUAAGCUUUUUUCUUCUUCUUUUUUUUCUUCGAAUUGGUUGAUCUGCCACUUUGGACUCGAGCUUUGUCUUAAAUGAGAGCUUAAGAUUAUCCAGAGGAGCUCAAAGAAAGAAGAUUCCAAGGCGAUAAAAGAUUUUUUUUGGGGGGUGGGGGUUAAAGGUGUGAAAGUGAGAUAGAUUGGAGUAAUUAUAGAAGAAUUAUGUGAAAAUUAGGGUUUUCAAUUCUGGUUUUGUUUGCUUUGCUUGGAUUUUGAUUAUGGGUGGGUGUUUUCCUUGUUUGGGAUCAUCAAACAAGGAAAGCAACAAUGGUGGAACCACUGUGAAAGAACUGCAAAACAAAGAUUCUACUAAAGAUGGCUCAGUUGGACAAUUUCAUCAUGUUAGUAGAGUUAAUUCAGACAAAUCGAAAUAUCAGAGUGGUUCUGAUUCUAAGAAGGAACCUGCAGUACCUAAAGAUGGACCAAUGGCAAAUAUUGCAGCACAAACAUUUACUUUCCGAGAGCUUGCCACCGCCACAAAGAACUUUAGGCCAGAAUGUCUAUUAGGAGAAGGUGGGUUCGGACAUGUUUACAAGGGCCGCUUGGAGAGUACGGGACAGGUAGUUGCUGUAAAACAGCUCGAUCGAAAUGGUCUUCAGGGAAAUCGAGAAUUUCUUGUUGAAGUUCUCAUGCUUAGCCUCUUACACCACCCGAACCUUGUCAACUUGAUUGGUUAUUGUGCCGAUGGGGACCAACGCCUCCUUGUGUAUGAGUUUAUGCCUUUAGGAUCAUUGGAGGAUCACUUACACGAUCUUCCGCCAGGCAAGGAAACCCUGGACUGGAAUACCCGAAUGAAGAUUGCUGCAGGUGCGGCCAAGGGGUUGGAAUAUUUGCACGAUAAAGCUAAUCCUCCUGUUAUUUACAGGGACUUAAAAUCGGCCAACAUCCUUCUCGGUGAGGGCUAUCACCCUAAGUUAUCAGAUUUUGGGCUUGCGAAACUGGGUCCUGUGGGUGACAAAACACACGUGUCCACACGUGUGAUGGGCACUUACGGCUAUUGUGCUCCAGAAUAUGCAAUGACUGGCCAGCUCACUCUAAAAUCCGAUGUCUAUAGUUUUGGAGUGGUCUUUCUCGAGCUUAUCACGGGGCGCAAGGCCAUCGAUAAUGCACGGUCUCAUGGAGAACAUAAUCUUGUUGCAUGGGCACGACCACUUUUCAAAGAUCGUAGGAAGUUUCCGCAAAUGGUGGAUCCACUACUGCAAGGCCAUUAUCCGAUGCGAGGAUUAUACCAAGCUCUUGCCGUGGCAGCAAUGUGUUUGCAGGAACAAGCUGCUACAAGGCCUCUAAUUGGUGAUGUUGUGACGGCACUUACAUAUUUAGCUUCGCAAACUUACGACCCUAAUGCGGCCAGCAAUCAAAGCAACAGAGUUGGUCCAUCAACUCCGAGACGGAAGAAUGAUCGAAGGGGUAUGUUGGAUGGGCUGGACAGCCCAGAUGAGCAUGGACAACGUGGUUCCCCUUCCUCCCAUAGAAAUUCACCUGAUUACCGGAUGAGGAACCAUGCUAGGAAAUUGAGCACCGGAGCCGAGCUUGGUAGGAAUGAAACCGGUGGCGGAUCAGGGAGGAAAUGGGGCUUUGAGGAUUCAGAACGACAUGAAUCUCAUCGAGGCAGCCCUCUGAAUACUACAAGAACAACAGAAACUUCACGUAAUCGUGAUUUUGAUCGAGAACGCGCUGUCGCAGAGGCUAAAGUAUGGGGUGAGAAUUGGAGGGAGAAAAAACGAGCAAACGCCAUUGGUAGCUUUGACAGUACAAAUGGCUGAUACUUCCAAAAUCUUUAAUUCAUGCCGUUUCUCUCUUUCGAGCUAAGACAUGUCUUAACAUUCUAAGGAUAAUCACUCGCAAAAGGUAGCUUUGAAGAACACCGUCCUUCACCGUUUCAAACCCCGGCAAUCAGAGUUCAUCCAUGUAUCAGUAAUCCGUCCAACUUCUAUAAUCAUCCAUGUAGUUCCCGGUUGCUUCAAACCUUGUGGUUGAAGGAAGAAAACACAGUUAAAAGAAGGAAUGAAAGAGUGACAGAUUUUGCGGGGAGUAUUCUCACAGGCAAAUUCUCCAUUGCCAAACAUAAACUAGUGUAUGAAACAUGUUAUAAUCUAUGUAUUUAGACUUCACCUUUUUAUUAUUACAGUAAAUGUUGGAAAGAUUGUCACAUUUUUUGCAUCAUAAAUGUUGUCAUUGUUGUUAAAA